AUGGCAACUUUAGGGCCCAAGAAGGAUGGUGGGCCCAACGUGGAAUUCUUCCAGGCACCGGAAUCGUUAGCACAAUUCGAUCAAAUCCGUGUUUGGCUGCAGAAAAAUUGCAAGAAGCAUGUUCAAACUGAUCCACCAACUAAAGAAGGAUUGGCACAGCUUGUAGUUCAACUUAUUCAGUACCAAGAAAACAAAUUAGGGAAGAAUGCAUCUGACCCACCUUUCCUGAGGCUUCCGAUGAAAGUGUUCAUGGACCUGAAGCCGGGCGGCUCGCUGUGCACGGUGCUCGCCACCAUGUUCCGCUUCAAGUCGGAGCAGCGGUGGCGCAAGUUCGACUUCCAGGUCGGUAAGAACCCGUCUCGGAAGGACCUCAACGUGCAAAUGAUGAUGGAGAUCGAGUCGGCACUGCUCGGCGCCGAGAUCAUACGCACCCCGUGCGUCUUCAUCAGACCGGACGUGGACAAAGCCACCGCCAAUAAGGUGAAGGACAUCGUGAGCAACCACCAGGGGGAGAUAUGCGAGGACGAAGAGGACGCUACGCACAUAAUCUACCCCACCGUCGACCCCCUGGAGGAGGAGUACGCACGUCCGGUGUUCCGUCGAGGCAACAGCGUGCUGGUGCACUGGUACUACCUCCCCGACAGCCACGACACCUGGGCCCAGGCCGACCUGCCGGUCGAAGUACCGGAGUCUGUGAGCUGGGAUUGCACGCGGCCUGAGGUGUGGCGAGUUACCGCCACGUGGGCCCUGGACCUGCCCCAGUACAACGAGUGGAUGAACGAGGAGGACUACGAAGUGGACUCCGCGGGCAAGAAGAAGAUUCACAAACUGCGACUCUCGGUUGAAGAUCUGAUACCAGGAUCGGAGCCAUCUAGCAAAGGCAAAAAGAGCAAAAGGAAGCGUUCUCCAUCACCGCCUCCGCAGAAACAUGGCAAAAGGAAGAGCCGCCUUUCGAAGCGGCGGGACAUCGAGGGUGAGGACGAGGAGGACAACGCGUCCAGGGACAACACGGACGCCGCACCCACUCCGGACACGGAGCGAUCGGCUGAAGCGAGCGCGUCCGCGGCCGAGCCGGCGCCGGCGGUGGGCCCGUCGAGCGCGGCCGCGCCCGAGGCGCCCGCCACGCCCGCGCCGCCGCUCGACGCGCACGACGACUCGCAGGGCAAGCACAGCGACUCCAACACGCAGGAAAUGCUGACAAAGGAGGAGCUAGAAGACAAUGUCACUGACCAAACGCAUCAUAUAGUGGUGCCUUCAUACUCCGCCUGGUUUGACUACAACUCAAUUCACACUAUCGAGAAGCGAGCUCUGCCGGAGUUUUUCAAUGGGAAGAACAAAUCGAAAACACCCGAGAUCUAUCUUGCGUACAGGAACUUCAUGAUCGACACAUACCGGCUGAACCCGACCGAGUACUUGACGAGCACAGCCAGCCGACGCAAUCUGGCGGGUGAUGUGUGCGCCAUAAUGCGCGUCCAUGGGUUCCUCGAGCAAUGGGGUCUAAUAAACUACCAGUUGGAGGCGGAGUCGCGGCCGACGGCGAUGGGGCCGCCGCCCACGUCGCACUUCCACGUGCUGUCGGACACCCCCUCGGGCCUCCAGCCGCUGCAGGCCAGGCCCACGCAGCCCCGCCCAGCGGAGAACGCGGCGGUGCCGAAGGUGGAGGCGGGGCUGCCGAACGGCGCGGACGCGGGCGCGCCCGCCGCCGCCGCAGCCGCGCCCGGCCUCAAGCAGGAGCCCGCGCUCGAGCUCGGCACCGCGCCCGGACUCAAGCUCGACCAGUAUCGGGGCGGCGCACGGGGCCGGGAGUGGACCGAGCAGGAGACGCUGCUACUGCUGGAGGGGCUAGAGCUGCACCGAGACGACUGGAACCGCGUGGCGGCGCACGUGGGCACGCGCACUCACGACGAGUGCAUCCUGCACUUCCUGCGCCUGCCCAUCGAGGAGCCCUACCUGCAGGACGCCGCCUCCGGUGGCGUGCUAGGCCCUCUCGCUUAUCAGCCGAUCCCGUUCAGCAAAGUGGGCAACCCGGUGAUGAGCACCGUGGCCUUCCUCGCGUCGGUCGUCGAUCCUCGUAUCGCCUCCAAAGCGACCAGGGCGGCCAUGGACGAGUUCGCUGCAAUCAAGGACGAGGUGCCGGCCGCCAUGAUGGAGGCGCACGUGAAGGCGGCGGGCGCGCACGGGCCGGCCGCCGCGCUGCAGGCCACCGGCAUCGCCGGCACCGCGCCGGACGUCAAGCCGCCAGGCGAAAAGAAAGAGGAACCGUCGGACGUGAAGUCUGAACCGAUGGAGGUUGAAGAAAGCGAGGUGAAGGUGAAAGACGAACCCUCGGAGGCGCCACCAGCUGAAGAGACAAAGGAUAGGAAGGAAAACGCCACGCCCCCUCCCGAGGGCGCUGUGGAGGCGGGCGUGGCGGCCGCUGCUGCGGCCGCGCUCGCCGCGGCGGCGGUGAAGGCGAAGCACCUCGCGGGCGUCGAGGAGCGCAAGAUCAAGUCGCUGGUCGCGCUGCUGGUCGAGACGCAGAUGAAGAAGCUCGAGAUCAAGCUCAGGCACUUCGAGGAGCUCGAGGCGACCAUGGAGCGCGAGAGGGAGGGACUUGAAUACCAAAGGCAGCAGUUGAUACAGGAGAGGCAGCAGUUCCACUUGGAGCAGCUGAAGGCUGCAGAGUUCCGCGCCAGGCAUCAAGCGCACCAGAGGUUACAAGCGGAGAGCGGAGGCGUGGCGCCCGUAGUGGUCGGAGCGGCGACGGGCGCGGGCGCGGGAGCGGAACAGCCGCCGCCCGCAGACGCGCCGCCGCAAACGGCCGCGCCACCGCACCACGCC